CCGACGCUGAUACGACGAGAGGGGAAAGUGACACAAUAACCUGAUAGUAUUUUCCUUUGGACGAAAUAAGGACCUUGCUGUCAAAACCAGAUGAAUUGAAAGGGACACUGACCAAGGGAAAAAAAACUUAACAGCUUGAAAAGUCUACAGAGGAAGAGAAGCUCAAGAUUCAAGAUAAUCCAUCGAAUUUCACACAAAUAUGAAGAUGUCUUGUAUAUCAAACAUCAUUUGCAGCGUACUUGCAUUCUGUGUAAGCCAAAUCGCCAUGUUGCCAAUCUCUAAGUUGUGUUAUCUCACAGACAUAACCACUGGACCUUCUCGGGUCAUCACUUCUGGUGAGUGUGGAACUAAAUGUGGAACCAAGGCUGGGUGCUUAACAUUCAUUACCUGUGACCUAGCUUACUCCAAAACCUGCACCAUCUACAAGAUUUCUUCCAAAGAAACGUGUGGCCAGGAAGGAGUCCUCUGCUCAUAUUUUGUACAGAAAACAGUUCCUUCAGAUUCCGACGAAAUCUUGCAAUCAGUUCAGUCUGAAAGUUUGAUUGCAUCACCGAUAACCAAGACGACGACCACAAUCCUUAAAACAAUCACAACAACGUCCAUAACGACAUAUCCGGUAACGUCAUCAAGAACAGACGAACGGACGGAAACAACCUCUCAAGAACCAACAACAGAUGCUAGCGAAAACAUUACCACUGCUACUUCUGAAUUACCUUUAGAGAAAACCACAGGUGCUACCAUCUUAGCCCAAACGUUAGGCCUCAGUUCCCCAUCUUCCUUGCAAAAUGAUUUCACCACGUCUGACGUUUCAAACACGACACCAAUUGCUCACUCAUCAACUAAUGUAGAAUCAACGACCGCAGAAAAGUCUUCCACAACAAAUGGUUGCCCGGGACAUAUACCGGACGAAUUAUGCCAACGUACGUGAAUAAAUGACGUCAGGCCAGACGUCAUAGAAACUUUUGCGUGACCACCAAGGCGAUUCGUUUUUUGUCUGGUCCUUUGUUCUGUCGCAAAAUUGAACAGUGGAAGAUCAUAAUUUUUAAGUUGACUAAAGCUAUGAUCAGAUAUUGACGUUUCAUCUAGACAUUUAGCAAGGUCUAGAUUAUUGCUGUUCACCGUCAAUGGGCGUUGAUUCUUCGAUAAGUUGAAGGUUAAGAAUUCCAAGACAUUACACCGUACAAUGUUAAAAAUCGACAGAACACUAAAUUGUCUUAAAUUUUUAGUUUUGAUUAUUCAGAUAGAAAUUUAACUUGUCUAAACGCUAAAAACUGUUGAUCUUUUCCAUGUGACAACUUAGUAGACUUAGACGAAAUAUUCAACUACAAAAAUUUAGAGCAAAUUGUUUAUAAAUUGUAUUUGUGAUUAUUCUUGUUCUUGCCUCUCAAAGUACAGAACUGUAAAGACAUCUUAUGAAACUGUGAUACAUAGAGAUUACUUUGUUGUAGAUAGAGUUGUUUUAAU